UUCCGGCCGCGGCGGAAACUUCCCGCGGAGGGACUGUCCCGUGGCACCCGGAGGGAGUGAGAAGAACUUGGAGGCCCCGGAGCGGCGACGAUGGACGACCACAGCUUGGAGGAGUUUCGUCGACGCUGGCAGGAGGAACUCUCGCAGGCCCAGGCGCAGAGGAAGCGGCGACGGCCUGAGGCUGCAGAGCGGCGGGCGCGGAGGCCGGAGGUGGCCCCGGGGCGCGGCGAGCAGGCCUCAGGGUACCUAGCACUGGCUCAGGGCCUCCUGGAGGGCGCUGGGCGGCCCCCGGCAGCGCGGGCUGCUCGGGCCGAGAGGGAGGACGCAGCGAGCCGUUCCCGCUCUCCUCUGGCUCGCGAGGACUCGGGGGGCGGUGAGCAGCUGGUGGACCAGCUCAUCCGCGACCUGAAUGAAAUGGAUGAUGUGCCCUUCUUUGAUAUCCAACUACCUUAUGAAUUGGCAAUCAAUAUAUUUCAGUAUCUGGACAGGAAAGAUCUAGGAAGAUGUGCACAGGUGAGCAAGACAUGGAAGGUGAUUGCAGAAGAUGAGGUGCUGUGGUACAGGCUGUGCCAGCAGGAAGGGCACCUUCCAGAGAGCAGCAUCUCAGACUAUUCUUGCUGGAAAUUCAUCUUCCAAGAGUGCCGAGCCAAGGAACAAAUGUUACGAACCAACUGGAAGAAUCGAAAAGGUGCCGUGAGUGAGCUGGAACCUAUUCCUGAUGCAGUGUUAUGUGAUGUGCAUUCUCAUGAUGGUGUUGUCAUUGCUGGGUAUACAUCAGGGGAUGUGAGAGUUUGGGACACCCGCACCUGGGACUAUGUAGCCCCCUUCCUGGAAUCAGAGUAUGAGGAGGAUGAGCCUGGAAUGCAGCCAUAUGUCUCCUUUGUGAGGAUAAACAGUUCGUUGGCGGUAGCGGCUUAUGAGGAUGGAAUUCUUAAUAUUUGGGAUCUAAGGACUGGAAAGUAUCCUAUUCAUCGUUUUGAGCACGAUGCAAGAAUACAGGCACUAGCGCUCAGCCAGGAAGAUGCUACUGUUGCCACAGCUUCUGCUUUUGAUGUUGUAAUGUUAUACCCCAAUGAGGAGGGAUACUGGCAAAUAUCUGCAGAAUUUGAAGUUCAGAAACUGGUUGACUACCUUGAAAUAGUUCCAGAGACUGGAAGGUACCCUGUGGCAGUAGCCACUGCUGGAGAUCUGGUGUACCUGCUAAAAGCUGAGGACUCUGCCAGAACCCUCCAUUAUGUCUAUGGCCAGCCUGUCACAUGUCUGGAUGUCUCAGCCAACCAGGUUGCUUUUGGUGUGAAGAGUCUGGGAUGGGUGUAUGAAGGAAACAAGAUCCUGGUGUACAGCCUAGAAGCAGAACGCUGCCUCUCAAAGCUGGGUAAUGCUCUUGGUGACUUUACUUGUGUCAACCUCAGGAAUAGCCCUCCCAACCUGAUGGUCAGUGGCAACAUGGACAGGAGGGUGAGAAUCCAUGAUCUCCGCACUGAUAAAAUUGCCCUGUCAUUGUCCGCCCACCAACUUGGGGUCUCUGCCAUCCAGAUGGAUGACUGGAAAAUUGUCAGUGGUGGUGAGGAAGGCCUUGUGUCUGUGUGGGAUUAUCGGAUGAACCAGAAGCUGUGGGAGGUACAUUCCAGACACCCUGUGCGUCACAUCUCGUUCAACAACCACAGCCUCAUCACAGCCAACGUGCCCUAUGAGAGGGUAGUACGAAAUGCUGACCUGGAUAACUUCACUACUCACAGGAGGCACCGGGGGCUGAUCCAUGCCUAUGAGUUUGCAGUGGACCAGCUGGCUUUUCAGAGCCCUCUUCCUGUCUGCCGUUCAUCUUCUGAUGCCAUGGCUGGGUACAACUAUGACCUCGCGCUGGCUUUUCCCUAUGAUCAUAUUUAGGGAAUUGCCUCAUCUGGGAGCAGGGAGAAAAAUGGCAAGAACAACUUCUUUAAAUUUUAAAACAACAGGGCAGCUCUGCACUGGUGUCAAACGGUAGGGGGUAAGAAACCAGCCCCAGGCUUCAGCUGUGUGACAGCGGAGGCUCCUGAGCCGCCUUUGCGAGCUCAUUCCUUUAGAGCCACCUGUGAAAGCUGGAAUUUGUCAUGACUUAUUCCUCUUUGUUCUCUCUCCUAUAGCUUUGAGUACCACAUGCUGCUGACUGAAAUGUAACCUCCUUCCUUACAUGCCUCUAACCUGAUACCCGCUCCAGCCCAUGGUGUCCCUGAGUCUCUUCCCUGCCUGUCUUCCAAGUGAUCCCCAUAGAUCUCCCCACAUCAUUCUUUACACUACAGGGCCCAGCGUGGUCCCUGCUCCAGUCCUGCAGGCCAUUGUCCCAGUCUCCCAACUCUGCUUGCACUCUGUGGUCUAUGGAGGUGCUACUCCCUGGCUUAGAAGGCCCCCACACAUGUGUCCUGUGGACUGCAGGGGUACACUUGGGGUUUCUCGGACACCCACCACCAUCACCACCCCAAUGUAAAGCUGCCAUAGCAGGACUCUCUCUUUAUACCUUUUAGUAUGGUUUAGAAUUAUAUAUUUAUACAGUUAUUUCAUUGAUAACUAUUUUGCUUACUUUUGCAGCUACAGUAUGUGAUACAAAGUUAAUAUUCUAAUUAUUCAUUGACUAAGCAGCCAUCCUCCAUAUGGGAUGGAAGGUGAUCCUGUGUAGCAAAUGAGAGGAGGAACCCUGACCUUAAACCAUAGAGAUAAAGUAGGACAGCUCAAGGACUAUUCAGUUUGAUAUCUAGCUUCCAAUUCCAAAGUAUUACACCUAGCCUUUGCAGCAUUCUAAACAGCAAAGCAUCCACCGAAUAUACCUGCAAAAUACCAAAGCAAAACUGACAAGAGAACAACAAAGAGAAAUUAAAUCCAUUCUUACCGUGGGUAAUCAACAGAUCCAGUCAAUGGGAAAAACUUACAAAUUUGGAGGAUUUACUUAAUGUCAUGAACAAGCUUGAUUGAUCUAACAGGGGCAUGUGGAACUUUGUACCUUUUCAAAUACCCUUUGACUAUUCACAAAGGCAACUCAGAGGCAUCAAGACUGAGAGUACACGGGCCAGAUUCACUGACCCUAAUGCAGUAUAGUUAGAAAUAACCAAAAGGCAAAAUAAUAAAGCAGAACACCUGGAAUUUCCAAACAUACUUGCAUUAACUUGGAUUUAAGAGUAAUAAAACCAGAAAAUAUAAACUCUCUACCCAGGGUGCAAAGCCAGAAGGUACUGAGAAGAGCUGUAACUUUUGAAACAGGAAAUAAAUGAAUAAGUUGUCACCUCAGAAAGGCUCAAAAAGGUGCAGUGAUCCCAAAGACAGUAGAAGGAAAGAACAAAAUAAGGGUAGAAGCAGAUAUGAAUGGACUAGAAAGCCAACAAAUAGCUAAAACUGCUUUUAGCUUCAUAUUAGGAGACAAAAUAUACAACUCUUGGUAAAACUAAAGGCUCAAGGUGCUAUGAGGAGCAGAAAAAGAGAUAACUAUGGACUCAAUAAAAGUACCUUCAAUGUGGGUCAUUGGCCCACAUUGAUCUGAGAGAAAAACAAGGCUUCUCUGUUGCACAUGAGUGCAUGUCUUUGGGAAGCACUUGUCAUUACUCAAAGGCCUAGAACUUUCCAGUUGUGAAGGUUUCCAGGUUGCUCAAUUAAACUUCUGUCUCCAACUACAUAGGAAAAUGGAGCCCCACUGCGAACUGUCACUUUCUUGGGGAGGCAGGCUGGCCAGAUGGCUCUCUGCUUCCUUUCCACCAAAUUGUAAGUGAAGCCAGCCUGCCAUUAGCAAGUGUGGGGUUUUAUCUGGUGGUCUGACCCCUGGUGACCUGGAUUUACAAGGUUUCCAUUGAGCCCGUGGAAGAGUCUUCAGGCAGCCGAACCACAGCCCUGGGAGAGUGUGUUUCUUGUCUGGCUGCAGGCCCUUCCAGCCUCUUCCCAUGUACAUUCUCCCUCCCUAGCUCUGUACCAAUUAAAGAUUGUUGAAAAGUUUAAAAGAAAUUAGACCCCCAAAAUUUUACUAAAAUAGUUUAAACCUGUUGUUCCUCACUGCCAACAAGUCUGCUUAUAAUGUACCUCCUGUUCAUGAAAACCUCCUGGGUUUGUGAAGGAGAGUGUAUCUGACCAAACUGUAACCUUCAGAGACACCAGGCAGUGUUUGCUGCUGCAAACAGAACAGGCUGACCCUUUCUGGCAAGGUUACACACUCCCUUAUAAGCCAGCACUUAACCACGAGUCAGAAACCCUAGGCCCUGGGCCCUGGUCUGCCCCAUCUGCUCACCCCACCUUACCUUUACCCCUCUGGCUUUCUGAGGGAGCUGCUUCACAGUGCCAAGUUUUUAGUGGAUUUAUCGUCUGCUUUUCUCUGGCUCUUCUGCUUCUCAAACUCUUUUUUUUUUUU